AGAAGCCCCCGCAGGCUGAGUGUGGACGCUCGCAGCCUCAAGAGCCAUGGCACCGUCACGACCACGACCCUGUGCGCUACACUGACAAAGCCCACCCAGCCGUGCGUAAUCGUCUUUACGCACAUCUGUUGCUCACAAGAGAGGCUCUUGUUGCGCCAUGGAUAACUCCAGCCUAACGCCGGGAGACUUGACACCCACACCGGACGCGGAGUUAAAGGUUUUCUCCGGGGUUCACCCUUCCGUCGCAGCCGUGGCGCUGAUGGCCGGCGCGCAGCCGUCCGAGUCCCCCCUGCAGCUGGUGCCAGCCUUCUGGGACUCGCCGCUCAGCCACGGCAUCAACGUGUUCGUGGGCCUGGUGCUGUGCUUCACCAUGCUGGGGCUCGGCUGCACGGUGGACGUGAGCCAGCUUGGGGAGCACAUCCGGCGGCCAAUAGGCGUUCUGCUGGCUCUGGUGUGCCAGUUCGUCAUCAUGCCCCUGGUGGCCUUCCUGUUGGCCCUGGCCUUCUCUUUGGACGACGUGGCCGCCAUGGCGGUCCUCCUGUGCGGAUGCUGCCCCGGGGGGAACUUGUCCAACAUCAUGUCUCUGCUGGUCCAUGGAGAGAUGAACCUCAGCAUCAUCAUGACCAUCUCGUCCACGCUGCUGGCGCUGGUCCUGAUGCCGCUGUGUCUGUGGAUCUACAGCCGCGCCUGGAUCAACACGCCCGUGGUCAGCCUCAUGCCCUUCGGCGCCAUCAUCCUCACCCUCUGCAGCACGCUCAUCCCUAUCGGCCUCGGCGUGAUGCUGAGGUACCGCUACACGCGCGUGGCCGACUACGUCCUAAAGGCGUCUCUCUGGUCCCUGCUCAUCACCCUUCUCCUGCUCUUCAUUCUUACGGCAGCCAUGCUGGGCCCGGAGCUUCUCUCCACCAUCCCACCAUCGGUCUACGUCGUUGCCCUUUUGAUGCCCAUGUGCGGCUACGCGGCAGGCUACGGCCUGGCGGUGCUCUUCGACCUGCCGCCCAACAGCCGACGCUCCGUCUCUCUGGAGACGGGCUGCCAGAACGUUCAGCUGUGUACCGCCAUCCUCAAACUGGCCUUCCCGCCUCAGCUGAUGGGCGGCAUGUACAUGUUCCCGCUGCUCUACGCGCUCUUCCAGGCGGCCGAGGCGGGCGUCUUCAUCCUGGGCUACAGGUUGUACCGCAAGGAGGUGCUGCAUAAGGCGGAACCCGUGCGGGACGGCGAGGACACGGACAUAACGUACCAGAGAUUUCAGGACGAGGACGUCGACUUUGACGGGUCUUACGGUGCCGUGACAGUGAGCGACCCCAACACCAUCAUGUUGGACCCCUGUCCUCUGGAUCCUACGCCAGUGUAAACAAACACAUGAUGAGGGCGGCGGCCAUGUUUGUGUGACAUACAUUUUAAAAACAAACAGGACAAUGAUGCAUGUUAAUUGAUGUUUUAAAAGCCUGCUUAAAAAAAAUAAUAAUUCAUCACGCGUCACAUCAAGUCUGUGAAUGUAACAAUCAGCCAUUCAUUCUGUGUGGGAAUGAACAAAUAAAUGUACAAUAUGUGUAUAUUAAAUAAUGUA